ACCUUGGCCAUGUCUGGCUGGUUCACUCUCUUCACCAACGGCCGCUACAUCCUCGAUGGCCAGCUCGUGGAAGACCACCUCGUAAUCUCCGACGAGACAGGCCGCAUCCUCAAAAGGGAGGGCUACAUUGGCGGCGAGGCCGUCGAUCUUGAAGACAACAUCAUUGCUCCUGGUUUUUUGGAAUUGCACACCAAUGGCGCCAAUGGCUUCCACUUUACUCACUUCACCGACUCGGAAACCUAUAAGCAAAAUGUAGAUGGCAUCGCCAAAUAUUAUGCUACUCAAGGCGUUACCGGUUUCUGGGCCACCAUCCCCACGGUCAAGCCCGAAGAAUUCCAGAUGAUCCUCCCAUCCCUCGCUCCCCGCGACAUCCCAAACGCAGCAUCCCUCCUAGGCGCCCACACCGAAGGACCCUACCUCCACCCGACGAAAAAAGGCGCCCACAACUCCUCCCUCUUCCAAGCCUGCAACACCCCAGCCGCAUCAGUCUACGGCACCACAAACCUCAACACAACCGUAAAACUCGCAACCGUCGCACCCGAACUCGCCUCCUCAUCAUCCCUCAUUCAAUCCCUCGCCAGCACAGGGAUUCGUGUGUCCCUAGGCCACUCCACCGCCUCCUACGCAGAUGGACUGGCUGGUCUCAGAGCUGGCGCAACAUGUCUAACCCACACCCUCAACGCCAUGCCGCCUUUGACCUCGCGUGCCCCGGGUCUUGCGGGUUUGAUCUCUCUACCGCGUACUUCUACGGAAAGUAGUACGAACCCGCCCGCUCCAUACUACACGAUUAUCCCGGAUGGCGAACACCUCCAUCCAGCUACCGUUUCCUUCUUGCACCGCACCAACCCCGCCCGUGCAAUCCUCAUCACCGACUCCAUUGAGCUCGCCUCUCUUCCUGAUGGGACUUACCCAGGCCAUGCGCAGAUUCCCUUCGAGCAGACGAAGAGCGGCACUAGAGCUACGAUUGCUGGCACUGACACGCUGAUCGGUGGAUGUAUCCCCUUACAGCAGGGCGUGCGGAACCUCAUGGAGUGGAGCGGGUGCGGCAUUGCCGAGGCUGUGGCCAGUGUGACGGAGAACGUAGCUGGCUUCAUGGGCAUUGAUGGAGUAGGCGGACGCGGUGUUUUGAGGGAAGGUCGGAGGGCGGAUUUGUGCGUAGUGAGUGAGGAGGGGGACGUGCUGCAGACAUGGGUUGCUGGCAUCAAGGUGUGGGAUCGCGAUGACGAAGUUGCUAGAAAAGAGGACGACGGAGAGUCUAGAGGCUAA